AAGAUGAACGAUCUCUAUUCUGGUUGAGCCCCAUUUAAUUUAAUUUAGAGUGCUAUGAUUAGUGAACCAUUGGUUUUAAUUCUGUUGUGACAUGUGAAGUGAAAGUUGAACCUGCUACGUGAGUCAAGGAGUAAAUGGCGUCAAGUCGAAAUCCUGAAAUCAGGAAGGAUACAGUGUUUAACUGUUGGGUCGUCUUCUCUCCUGCCAGAGCCAAAAGACCAUCUGACUUCAAAUCCAAAUCCCCUGCUAAUCCUAACCAUAAUGCAUCGAAGUGCCCUUUUUGUGCCGGUAAUGAACAUGAGUGUGCACCAGAGAUCUUUCGGAUCCCUAGAGACUCGACAUCUGAUUGGAAGAUCAGAGUCAUUGAAAACCUCUAUCCAGCACUCAGCAGGGAUGAAAGACAACAGCAACUGCUUCAAAACCCUAAACCCAAUGCCCAAAACCAGUGCACUUUAAGUGGAUUUGGAUUUCAUGACGUGGUCAUUGAAACUCCCACCCACGCCAUUCAAUUGUCUGAUCUCUCUGGCACAGAAGUUGGUGAGGUUCUUCUUGCUUACAAGGAGAGGAUUAAACAGCUUGAGUGCCACGAAUCAAUACAAUAUGCUCAGGUGUUCAAGAAUCAUGGUGCAUCAGCUGGAGCAUCUCUUAGUCAUUCACACAGUCAGAUCAUUGCUCUUCCCAUCAUUCCUCCCUCUGUUUCUGUCCGGCUAGACAGUAUGAAGGAGUAUUUUGAUAGGACAGGAAAAUGUAGCCUCUGUGAGAUUCAACCUGAGGAACUUUUAAUCAAACAGUCAACCCACUUCAUUUCGGUGGUUCCAUUUGCAGCUUCAUUUGCUUUUGAGAUCUGGAUCAUUCCAAAGGAUCAUUUGUCUCAUUUCCAUGAACUAGAUAAUGAGAAGGCAGUAGAUCUUGGGGGCCUGUUGAAGCUCAUGCUGUUGAAGCUAUCACGUCAGUUGAACGACCCACCAUUCAACUUCAUGAUUCACACUUCUCCACUUCAGGCUGCAGUCUCUCAAGUUUCAUACUCCCACUGGUUCCUACAGAUUGUGCCCCAACUAACCACUAUAGCAGGUUUUGAGAUGGCAACUGGGUGUCACAUAAAUCCUGUUUUUCCCGAGGAUGCUGCAAAAGUUCUGAGAGAAGUAAAUGUGGACUGAUAUAGCCACGUGGUCAAGUUUAUAUUCUUUCGUGUAAACUGAAUGCAGUGAGAGAAAGAAUUUAGUUGCAAGAGUAA